AUGGGAGACACCUAUCUACCUCAAGUAUACCUGUGUGUGGAACAAAUCGGUUCAAUGGGGUUAGAUUAUUGUUUGGUUGUUGGUUUCUACCCCAUCAGCUCGUUUGAAACCACUGCACCAUUACAGGAGACGGGGUUGGAAGGGAAUUUGAGGUACAGCCUGGGUACGACGAGGUACUGCGUAAGGUACUUCGAGGGUAUGAUAAGGUACUUUGAGGGUACUGCGGGUACUGCGGAAGGUACUACAGGUACUCCAAGGUACUACGGGUACUACGGGUACUCCAAGGUACUCCAAGGUACUCCGGGUACUACAGGGUACUACAGGGUACUACGGGUACUACGGGUACUCCGGGUACUCCAAGGUACUACAGGGUACUACAGGGUACUACAGGGUACUACGGGUACUGCGAGAGGUACUAUGAGGUACUCCAAGGUACUACGAGUACUCCAGGUACUCCGGUUACUUCAGGUACUACAGGGUACUACAGGGUACUACGAGGUACUAUGA